AUGAUAAACACAACGAGAACAAUCGUACUUUCAAGUUCAGCUGGACAAGUGAAUGGAAAACAAAGAUACGCGAUCAACAGCGUGUCUUAUGUUUCCCCUGACACUCCUCUUAAGCUAGCUGACUUCUUCAAGAUAUCAGGUGUUUACCGUCCGGGAAGCAUCUCUGAUAGACCAACCGGCGGUGGUAUAUACACCGACACUUCUGUUAUGCAAACUGACUACAGAUCAUAUGUAGAGAUUGUUUUCCAAAACGACGAAGACAUUCUUCAGAGCUAUCAUCUUGAUGGCUGCUCUUUCUUUGUGGUUGGUAUGGAUGGAGGACAGUAG